AUGUUCCCCCAGGCCGUCCGUCGUCUGUUACCCCAGACCCCAGAGUUGCGCGUGGAGCUCCCCACUCUCAACACGAAAGUGGAUGACUACAACCAGAACUACGUCAGCGACCCGUGGGAUGCCAAGUGGAAGUCCGUCUCCACGAUCGGGCUGCGCGACCUGGCGAGGAAGCACCUCGAAGCCCCUCGGCGUGCGGGUCUUGUUUGGCUUCUCCUACGCCGAGGGGGGCCCAACUUCCAGGCCAUUGUGGACGGGCUGAACGAGUUCGAAGCCGUGGACCUGGACGGCAACGCGGCCGGCGUGCAGCAGUACUUUGCAAAGACGGGCUUGCCCGGGGAGAAGAGGAUCGUGUCCAAGGGCGUCUUCAACACCUGGUGGAACAGCGCCGACAUCUUUACGCAGCUCCUGCACGGCGGUCGGGAUGCAGGAACCGGGGUCGACAGGGUGAUUUUUGGGCUUGAAAAGACGGCCUUCUACGACCACGAGUGGACGCGGACUGCUGCGGGCGAGAUCGCUCAGUGGGUGGAAAGCAACGGUGUGAGCAGGACGAUCGCCGGGAUCAGUGACAGUCCCUGGUGAUGUGGCCACGUUUGAGCAGCCCGGGAUGGGCUGCUGAACGGCGAGACAAAAAGGAGACUAGAGAAAGUGCCCCUGACACCUGAACAGCUAUGUAUUUCAUUCUUCGCUCAG